UGAUUGCGCGCUUAUCAAAACGAACAAGUUCUCCCGUCAUUCCGAGCCCGCACGGGAUUCAGUAACGUUCCUGCUAGCGUAGGAGAUAGGAAGAGCUGAAGGAGAGAUAUAUCACGCACAUAGUGUUGAGACAGUUGACGCAGUUGAACUGAAAAUGUUCACCGGAUUAACGAAUCAAGUUUCAACAUGGAUGGGCAAGAAGGCUGAGGAAGGCGGCUCCGAAAUGCCUGGCGAGAAGAAGGUUACUUCUCCUGUCGCCGAAGGUGAAGUUCUCGAAGAUAGAAAAGAUAGUCCUACCAAAGGCGGUAGCAGCAAGCUGGAAAUGCUGGCUGGUGUGAAGACGCAGAUGACGGGCUGGUUUAGCGGCGGAAUACCGGGAUUAAGUCGCGGCGGCGCGCAGGCAAACGAAGGUGAAUCCCAAUCACCAGCUGGGAUGAACGAGGCUCAAGCCGCGGCGAAUAACCAGUCACCGCCCGAACAAGUUAAGGACGACGACGCGAGUAGUGCAACUGGAGGGGCGGAUAGUGGUCCUGCUAGCUUACAAGGUUCACCAACCGAGGAUAAGAAUGGCCAGCAACCAUUUGGAGCUGUGUCUACAAAAGCGUUGGAGGGAGCGAAGAGUUUGGGCGGAUUCUUGUAUAGUGCAGUGAACAAAGCUGGGAAGACCGUGGUGGAGGCUGGUGUAAAGAUUAAAAAAACUGUUGAGGAGAACAGGCUGGUUGCUGAAUUAAACAAAGAACAGGAAGCACUGAUCGCUAGCAAACACACGGAGAAAGGAGAAGCUGUUGCACCCUGGGUCGGCGCACCCAAUGAAGAUGUACUGCGAGAGGAAUGCCUAUCUCUUUCAACUGACAAAAGCAAUUUUUUGAGGCCCCCCCCGGUCGGUGUCGAUUUCGCAUGGGACUUCGAUGCGGUCCAAGCUAUGGCCCAAGCGACGCUCGCGUUAGAUCCCAACUUGGAAUCCAUGCGGUUUCAACUAGUGCCUAAAGAGAUCUCGGAAGAGAACUUCUGGCGGAACUAUUUUUACCGAGUGUCCGUCCUUCGGCAGAGCCACGAGUUGAACGCUAUGGCUCAAUCAGAGAAUAGCGGGAGUUUAGGUGGAGCCCUGAGUCAACCUGAAGCCGUCAGUGUUGUCUUGCGCACAGUUCAAACGACCACGGGCCAGGAAACCAGCGGGACCACGACGACCGGCGGUAAUAGCGCAUUGGUCGAUUCACCGGGCCAUGAAUUCGUCUCCGACAGCAUGAGAGUCACGGACACUGACCUCGAAGAAGUCCGGGAAGGCAUGAAGAAGCUUGGAAUGCAACCACCUAAAGAGGAGGACUGGGAACGUGAGCUAGAAGCCGAACUAAAGGACUACGAGGUGGUGAUUAGCAAUGAAGAUAGGAACGUAAUGAUCGACAGAGACACCAUGGAGUGGAAACGGCAGAUUGAUGACCUCCUCGCGACGGAGGCAGACGAGAGUCACUAAUUUGUCCAAGUGAUCUUGUUUCGCGAUUAAUUAGUCGAUUAUUAUACUUGGCAUUGUGACAAAGGCUCUGGUCAUUUGUAAUUGAUGUUGUUUCCUUACUGUAUUGACCGCAAUCGUGAUCAAGAUGCGAUCACAAAAAUAUUUUGAUCGGUAUCACUUCAGGUUGCUUCGUUGCGAGUUCCUUUUAAUCUCUGCUGAAUCGUAAUGUCGAAAAAAGGAAUUCUAUGUUCAAUAAAUAACAAUGCCUACGAUUUUACCGGAAGUACAGUUACUGUAUGAACCUAUGUUGUUUAUCGUCGAACGAAAUUUCUAUAUAUCACUUACAUACCAAGUAGAUGAUGUAAGAAGUGUGAUAAUUUAGUGUGUCACGAUUCCGGUUUCUUGUAUCAUUAUUAACUAUCAGUCAGGUGUAGACAUUAAAGUGCAAAAGCCAUAGAACACGAAAUUCCACCUCCGGUAGAAUUGCUUAUAUACUUCAUUUGGCGAAAUUCUAGUGUAAUAGUGCGUUAAGCUAUUAUCGUGACGGGAUUUCGCUAAGAAGCUCUCGUGUUGUAUGCACAUUCUACCGUUACUCUGUACACUCGGAGUUACAUUUGAAACAAUUGAUAAUCAUUGAACAAAUGAUACAAAAAAUUUAUCGUGUAUCCGACUUACAUUAAGGUGGAUAACUUCGCAAGUUCUUGUCAUACAGUAUAGAUGAAAUUGUAACAUUGCCCAGUAGCAAUGCGACCUAUCACGUAGAAUGAUACGAUAUGAACGCUGGUGCUGCGUCAAAUGGAAAGCAUAAUUAAACCAAAGGACAAUAAUUCAUGUAUACAGACUCUUGUUCUCACGUACUCCAUGCUCUUAGAGUACAUUCUUACUCCCAUACUCUUCGCAAGGUAAACGAAUCUUAUAUGGAAAUCGUUAUUAGACGUAAAAACAGGUCACCGAAGAACAAAAGAAAAUGGGAUGAUCUGAAGAUAGAACAUCAAAUUAAAAAAUGUUCUACCAGAAGGACUUUUGGAUUUCGUAACCGUAGAUCUCGUCCUCCCAAGGAUUCUGAUAUUGUAGAAUGGUGGUCUAAACUAAAAGGAAAAAUGAGAAACACCUCCUUCGUCAAAUCAUGUCAAUUAAUAAAACGAUUAAUCUUCGUUGCGGAAGAUACUUAGGAAACUUGAACUCUGGUAAUCAAAUAUUGGUAAAACAAGGAUGUAAAACGGCGUUUCUCAUUUUCAACCGUAGACGACCGUCGGAAUUGUGUAAGACGACGUCAUGAUUGUAAAAAUUCGAACCAUUCGUGGACAUUUAUAAUGCAAUCUCUAAGCCUUAACGUCCCAUUUUCUCGUUCCUAUUUCCAAUAGUGCUGUACUGUUCUGUAACGAUCUAUACAUCGAACAGUUCAGUACAAAGGUAGUAAUACGUCGGCGCUGUUUACCAAAUUCCAUAUAUAGAUUGAUGCUUAGUCAUGUCGUAAGUUUUCAUAGUAAUCCAUUUCAUCGUAUCAAAAGUCUUAUAAAUAUUUCAACUGUAUGGUUUUAUUGGUAUCGAAAGUUAGCCACUACACACGGGGAAUUCGGUGUAGAAAAAACACAGCUUGCUAUGCUAUCCGAAGAAUACACCUGGGUGAACGUACACAAACGUCUGUGUUUUCUGAUUGCCGACACAGUGCAGGUGUGCCUAAGCUGAUCCUUAGAUACAUUUUCAUUAUGCUGAAGUAGUUUACAAAUAUACCAUAAAAUGUACCUACGAUCUUCUGUCAGCCCACUGCACUGUUUUGGUAUAUCAUUUAGCGAAGAAUUAUACGUACAAAGCAUACACAAUUGCGAUCAACGAUGAAGCUAUUCCUGACACAGUACAAUGGAUUCGCAACUGUGUUUGUCGUAUAUUUACUUUAAGUAUUCUCUAUUAAAACGCAACACUGUUACGUUUAACCAGGGUGGCUAUAAAUCUCCGUGGCUAACUCUCAUUGCCAUUACCAUUAGUGUUCACAUCAUGAUACAAGCGAAGAAUAAAAAGAUGAAAUUGAAUCAACAACUACUCCCAUGAAGUUGAAAUCAGCUUUGUAGCGAUUACGAUUCUACGGUACACUCAUCUUUUAAAUGACGUCGUUCUUUUAGUUUCGUUGUUCUCGACACGUUGAUAUCUUCUGGAUAAUUUGUUGACAUCACAAACAUGUGUCUAGGGAAUGGCAAGCCAUUCUGUAGACAGUGAGCUGUUUAAAUUAAUUGAGAAUAGAACGGACGUUAAAUGAGUAUGAUGUGUACAUAGGAAUAGCUGUGUUAACUCAAGAAAUAUUAAUAUAUAUUUGCGCGUUUGAGAGUAAGAAUGGACAAUAGUAUAUACGUAUAUAUCAAUUGUUUUGGUUUAAGUACUUACGUUUACCGCAGGGUGGCUAAAUAUUGCAGAAUAUAAUAAUGAUAUCCUCUUAGGCAAUUACAAUAUAUUCCAGAUCAGAGUGCUACUCAAAGAACUUCUAAUAUUCUGUAACUUUCUUCGAUUUUCAAUGCAAUCGGUCUGCCGUUCAAUGUUGCAAAUAAAGUCUUUAACAUAACAGUAAAAAAACAAAGCUAAUAAAAAUAAAUUGUUAUUCUAAAUUUAGCCACUCUACGACCAAAUAGAAAAUAUAUAAGUAUACUUCUACGUGAUACUAUACAUCUGCAUCAACAAGUAUCCUCGAUAUACAGUUAUAAUGAUCUAAAUUUGUCCGUGUUGCUUUUCAUCUAUACAGUAUGCAAGGAUUCAUUACAAUCAUUUCUCUCAAAACAAAAGAAAUAAGACAAAUUGGUGUGAAGAAAUCUUUUUUUUACAAAUGAUAUCUGGGAUCCGGCUGACGUAUUGCGAAAGUUUCUUUUUGUGCUCGUAUAAAUUCUCACUGUCAUAGGAAUAUUGUGGCACGGUAAACAACGUAUAAGUGCACGCACACAAGUGUAUUAAUCCUACCUUUAUGUGUCAUUAAAAUUUCAAGUAUGCAUUUGGGCCUAAUGGUAAUUGAUGAAGAACUGUUAGCCUCGGUGAUGUUCGAAUUUGUAUUUGAAUGAACGGUAACAUAUGUAUCUUCCAACGUUAUCUGUUCAUAUUAUUUUUCAAGCUGCAGCUCGUUAUGUGAAUUCAAUUUAAUAUACUCAAUUUAAUGUGCUCCCCAUUCUUAUAAUUUCUAUCAAUUCAAUUCAAUUAAUUAUUCAGCAAUGAUUUAUAUGUCACACAACAGUACAAAAAAUAGACUUGAGUAUUUUUCUUUUGUAUCUGUGCAAAAAGAAGGAGCAUAAUAUACGUUUUCGUUCAUCAUUCAUUUAAACUACACCACCGGACGGAGCACAGAAUAACAUGUCAAAUAAAAUUAAUAUGAUAUAACUCCGGAAACGCCGUGAAACUGACUUAGAAGCAAUGCUAGAUUUUCAUUACUCUUCUAUCUUCCAUAAGUAACCCAAUUGCAUCUUAAUUAUAUAUUCAAUAAACUGAUGUAACUGUACUUCUCUUCUCGUGGCUACUUGAUGUAGAAGUCAAUGGCCGUUUAAAACUCGAUCAACUUCAUUGUUGAUUAAUGUUACGACAUUUUCGUUUAAACUCCGUUGUCGCUGUUUGUGGUCCUAUCUAUAAUGAAACAAAGAAACUCGAGAUAAUUCAUGGCCGAACAAGAUCAUUUUACACUUUAGACUAUUGCUACACGCAUGUAUGAUACACGGCGCACUUCGGCGAUCGGCCGAUUUCAAAGUGACUGUUAAACGAAGACGAAACUAUUCUACGGUACAAUGUAUUCACUUGUAAAGAUUAACUGUACACUCGAUAGGUAUGUAUAUAUACUUAUAAAGUAUAUAUGUACAUAUAUACAUAUGAGAAUAAAUAGUAAGUAUAUAUACGUAUGUAUGUAUGUAUGUAUAUAUGCGUUGUUGACUGCUUUGAAAUUAUGAUAAUAUAUUAAGGAAUAGCUAUCGAGUGCGCAUGGACGAACGCGUUAAAUUUGGGAACUGUUGACGAAUAAAUUAUUAUUGUAACUGCGGGAUGUAAUAAUAGGAAUCAUGUACCUGGUCAGAAAUAAAUCUGAUGGAAAGAUUGAGAA